GAGCUCGGGAGAAAAGCGGAGACGGGCAGACAUCAUUUCUCUUUCAGCGUCUUUGGAUUGUCCACACGAAGGCAAAGCGCCAACAAAUUAAAAAUCUUUUUUUUUUCUUAAAAGGAAUAUACUUAUCCAAAUUUAUACACAACUAGCCAUGGCCGACACAGCUGUUGACACGACCGCAACUGCAGAGGUUACAGCCAAGGAACUGAAAGAGAAGAAAGAAGCAGAAGUGGAGGAGGAGAAGAAGACCGGCAGCGGGGACGCACCUGCCAAUGGCACUAAUGGUGCUGAUCACAGUGACAAAGUGGAGACUGCAGAGGAGGAACAUAAGAAUGGAAAUGGGAAUGCAGAGGAGGCGCCCCCUGCUGAGGAGGCUGAAGCACAGCCUGUGAAGCGUGCAGCAGAAGGGAGGAGGAGAAAGUGGAGACAAAAAAGCAGAAGACAGAAGAAAAUGGAGAGUCAAAAGAGGCUGAAGUGGAGGCCUAGAUCUCUGCCCCGCUACAUGUUUGCAGCACUGUCUUAACCAGCCUGGUCAACAUCGUGUUCUAGAGCUUGUGCUUUCUUUGUCUUUGAGAGAUUUCUUUUUGUUUGCUCCCAUGUUAUCACAUUGCACUGGAGUCCUGAAACAUAGUGGCCCUGCCUCCUUUUUUAUGAAAUGUUAUUUAUUGGUCUUUCAAGUGAGCUUUUUUUCUACUUGUACAAAUUGGGCCACACCAAGAGACUUUUUUUUUCUUUUUUUUUGUUUUUCUUUUCUUUUCUUUUUUUUUUUGAGGUUUUAUAUCAGUAUGUUAGGAGCACAAUCUCUAUUAUGUCAGUGCUGACCAGAUGAUUCAUACAUACAGGCAGCUGCUCACCUCCAAGGCUCAUGUUGACCUUUCAGAUUCACUUAAGGACCAAAGAUAAGUUUUAAGCAGGGGCUAAUGGACAGUUGUUGGCAUUAUUAGUUGAGGCAUGAUUUUUGUGUUAAGCUGCUAGUUAAUCCUUGGCUUGGCUGCCCUGUUAUCAUAACAGAUGGUGCAAAUGAAUAAAGGGGCUCAGUCUUGUGCCUCCAUGAUAAGAUUGCUUGACCCUGUUUCACGCAGGCAUGAUUCUCCAAUGUUAAUUAACCCCUCUUAAAUCUUAAGGCUUUGGUCAUUUGUUCUGUAUGCAUUCCACGCAAGUUUGUACCAUUUAUACUUUUGUUUCUAGCGUUUUCAAUGACUUAUGUUAUGGCUGGGUAGCCCAGUUUUGUGUCCAAGACUGCCUUUUUCAGAACCAGAAUGACAUUCGGUUACUUCAGCCACUGCUUUGUAUAUUCUGAAACAAAUAAAUUGUCUUUUUACUUAA